AUGACACCAAAUGAGCGCAUCUCUCUCCGCGAGUCACUACCCUCCGGCGUCGGCGAGCAAGAGCCCCAUCGUACCGAACAAGACGCAUCCAACCUCGAUCAAGCUGACUCAAGGUUAUGGGAAUCCAACAGGAAGAGGGCUUGCGUUCUCGCGGGCUCCGCGAUAUUGCAGCUGCCGAUCUGGGGCUUCGCCAUGAAUUACGGCGUCUUUCAAGAAUACUAUUCCAGCAACUGGACGCUGCAAGGGAGUCAUCAAGUCACCGGUAUCAUCGGCACAACCUCCAACGGCGUCAUGUACCUCUCCAUGCCUUUCCUGUUCGCGCUCUUCACCAGACGAUGGGCCCGUAGACGCCAGACCGCAGCUCUCUGCGGCGCUGCGCUUACGUGCAUCAGCUUCCUCCUGUCCUCCUUCAGCACUCACGUCUGGCAUUUGGUCGCGACACAAGGAGUCAUGGCCGCGUUAGGAUGUGCUCUCAUCUACAGCCCGACCACACUAUCGCUUGGCGAAUGGUUUAAUACCAGCAAUCGAGCUGUGGCGUAUGGGGUUGUUCUGUCCUGCAAAAAUAUCGUGGGAUCUGCUUGUCCGUUUCUGUUGCGAGUCCUUCUUGAUCGCUACGGCUUUCGUAUAACGUUGAGAAUAUGGGCGGCUGUUGCGGCCGGAACCAGCAUUCUCGCAAUCUUCUUGAUACCGACUCACCCUUCGAGCAUAUCUUCGAGCACUCAUCGGACACGAAAGAUCCCUUGGCAGUUCCUCAAACACCAGACCUUCUACAUCUACAGCGUCGCCAUCAUACUUCAAAGCUCUGGAUAUGGCAUUCCGCAAACAUACCUAAACACGUACGCCCACGAAGUCACUUUGCUGUCUCAGACAUCCGCCACCCUUUUGCUCACCCUUUUCAACAUCCCUGGCAUCGUCGCCUCGUCCUUUUUCGGAUAUUUGAGCGACAACACGCGCUUCCCCCUUUCGGCCACGACUGUAACUUCGAUAUCCGCCGUCAGCUCCGCUCUAUCCGCUUUCCUCCUUUGGGGCCUUACGUCGCAAGGCAGCAUGGCGCUUUUGGUACUGUUCUCCAUCACCUUCGGCUUCUUUGCUGGCGGCUACAGCGCGACUUGGGGAGGCGUCAUCAAUGAACUGGAACGCGAAGCCGCGCAGAGAAAUGAGGCUGUCGACACUGGCAUGCUGUAUGGUCUGCUGAAUGGUGCGAGGGGGAUUGGAUAUGUGAGUGGUGGGCUUGCUGGUGUGCCACUGCUCAAAGCCGGAAGCACGAGCGCGGUGGGAAGCUUUGGUUAUGGAACGACUUACGGGCCCCUCAUCAUUUUCACGGGCCUCUCGUCAGUGUUCGGCGGCUGGGGAUUGCUGUGGAAGUGGAAGAAGUUGCUGCAUUUGGUGUGA